AGGAUCGUCACGAGCCACACGGAAGGAAUGCGAGACACAUGAAAUGCGGCAAGUUUUCGUAUUACUUUCGUAUUACUUGUUGCAUAUCCGGAUGGCAGAGUGUAUGGUGUCACCAACAUGCAAGCCGGAUGCCGUUUGUGUUGGUUUCAGUGGCACUUUCGACAUUCUUCUCUAAAUCUGCUCUGCAAUUCCGCACCAGCGUACAAAAUACGAUCGAGCUUCUGCCCUCUAGGUGUAUUUGAGCACAUGCACGACGAUAGCGAUAGUACAGUCAGACGGCUCGUCCUCUCCAAUCCGUCGAUCCCCUGGUGUGCCAAAUGUAGAUUGCUUUCAAACUUCGAAGCUCCAGACAAAGGGAUUGAGCCAUGGAAAUUUCGCAAUUAGCGGCGCCUUUGUAAGCGCACGAAGGCCGCUUUGAGGACUGCGUUGCGCCGCGCCUGGAGAUUGGAGUCGUUGCAUCAGCCGAAGCCAAGCUGAAGGGAGCUCAGUAAAGACUGAUGAAUGAGCAAUCGAUUUACAGCUGCACGGAUUAGAUUGUAGUUCGAGAGACGGGUUGGCUCAAUGACAGAUGCUAUCCUGCGCCACGGAGGGAGGACUGAUGUAUCGAUGGAUGCUCCAAGUUGAGCGUUACGUGGCUCUGAUAAGAUCGCCGUAAGAGCAGUCUCCUCCCCUGAACGGGCUUCUUUCAUUAAAUGAGUACAGUACGUCAGUUUGAGUAAUAAGCUUAUAAAUUGUCUUAAGUACGGUAUCGAGGUUGGAAUGUCACACCCAUGUCCAUGCAUUGGAUGUGAUGCCAAUCUCGGUAGUUCACGUGAUGUUGAAGGGCCGCUUCAGUUAUUGCACGACGUCCUACGCGAAAGAUUUGGUCGAGCUAUAAAGCUUCCGAGUACAGUUCCAAUAUGAAAUUUAUGAGCAAUUGAAUUCCGACCCAACUUACCUUUCACCCGCCGCAUCACAAUUCUCUCAAGCUUUGCAAGACUGUAAUGCCCGUCAUCUGCUUGAAGAAAACCUUCAUCAAAUUUUCAGCAGUUUACACGUACUGAGCUCUCCGUUAUACAUUUAUUUCAGACCAUGUUUCUACUAUCCUGUUUUGACCAUAUGUGAAGAUCCAUUCUUCCAAGCAUGAAGCGGUCAGAUAAACACAGAUGUAGCACAUGGUCAAUUUCAGACCUCAUGUUCUGAAUGGUACCGAUUCAAAUGGAGGUGGAGAGAUUGUUCUGGCUAGAACGUCUAGGUUUUGAACGGGGACACCAACGUCUCUGAGCCUAGCCAGAGGAACGAACACUUCAAGUUUUCCCGAGCUGACUCCAAACGUAUCUACAUUGCUGCACGAGAGUGAGGGAGGACAUCCGCCUCUCAGUCAUGGUUAUCUGCAGAGUUAUGAACUCUCGUGUCGCCCUCCAGACGGACCCAUGGGAUCCACUUUCUUAUGGGCAGAGGGCAAGAACUUUGGCGUUGUAAGAACUCGGGAGUGGUGCAGCGAGCGAGUAUCUGUGUUUACGACGUGAGUGCUCGAAACUCAUUUCCAGUGGAGUAUGCUUCAAUUGGGUGUGAACUCAUGCGUGAGCAUGUCAGAGAUCGUAAGGUUUAUCUCAAGACUCAGAUGAAAUGCAAUCAACAGCAUCUGCUGUAAGGUGCGAGCACAAGAAUGGCGAGUAUGAUAAGACUGCAAGUUCCGCAUCAUUCCUACCGAUUCCUUCAGGAAAUGGAAAAAGUUCGCUACAGGCUUGGAUCUGCCCAGAAAUCCGGGACUCUCUGCUUACCCAUAUCCUCACACGAUCAUAACAGACUCGAAAUAUGGAAUGGCCUUGAGAAUCCAACAAUUUGUAAUAUGGAGAGGACCACCAGCCCGAGACCAAAUGCAACAUCGACUGGUUUUCAUGACCGUGCAAUUCCUACAUUCGGAGGAAGACAAAGAAGAUCGCCGCGCAUGUACUUCAGGCACCAAGCUUCUGUGAGCAAUUAUUUCGAAAGCUUCGAAGAGUUCCGAGUCACAGGAGUGUCCAUUCACACCGCUCCGGCCAAUGUGAACCCCGAUGUCGAUCCCACCUGGUUCGGUCUGGACUCCGAGCUGCCAGGCCCCGAGGAUGAGAGUCAGAAAGUCGAAAACAUGUCAAUUGUGUUCACCGAUGUCGUCCCCGUGGUUGUCAACUUGAGGAACCUAUGGCUGCGCAUCGACUUCAAACUCUCGAAGAAUGGGGUGAACAGAACCGUGUCGUACAUGGACUUCAACAGGGUGUAUGAUUUUGGCUGGAUCGAUGGGAAGAGGACGAAAGUAGAAACCAUAGUUGCGCAUUUGAAGACCUGUCUUUGGCGGGGAGAGGAUGCGCAUGUUGUGAAGAUCACAACCCAUCUUGUACACGGAUACUUUUACGGAAAGCAGAGGUGGUUCGGCUUGAUGCAGAUGGUCCUCAGGGUAGGCUCGACCGAGAUCAUUCUGGGAGACAAGAAGUAUCAUGUCGGCACUGGACCAUGGCCCGAGGAAGUACCUUACAAGUAUGGUUACCAAGGUAGCUCUAACACUUGGUUCGGAGAAACAGAAUAGUCGGAGCCGCCGAAUCUCGACUGAGUUUCGGAAAGUUUUUCAGAGCGACCAGAUGCCAUCUGUAUUUUGGAUUCGAGAAAGUAUGGAAGGUAAAGUUGCAAAGAUGGUGGUGGUCUUCCUCUGCUUAGUACGUUCGGGUGCCAGAGAUUUAAAAAGCUCUAUCGGUGCGCAAAUUACAUGGAGGAAAGUGUUUGGUGGAUCUAGGAUUUGGACUUGCACAAAAAUUGCACUUGAUAAAUAUGUGCGUGAACAUUUGGACAUUCGUAAGUGCUCGAUGAGAGCCAAACACAACGCGUAAUCGCACACUCCUGGUUCAUGUUGUGCUGAUAAAGUUUUUCAUUCAAAUGC